AUGUCAGUACACGGACUCUCUGAUUUUGGACACGACGACGAUGACGAGCCAAAGGGGACUGGUUUUUAUAAUAAAGGAGGAACGGAAUUUUAUGCAAACAAUGACGGUGUUGAAGCGUACAAAAAGGCUACAGAAACUGCCUUAGAUGGGAAUGGUCAUACGAAGAAAAACGCGAACAAAAACGACUUUGUAAUAACUGUGGUUUUAUAUAAAAAUGGGAUUUCAGUCAACAAUGGAGGGUUACAGUCGUACGCAGACAGCAAAGAGUUUUUACACGACAUCACAGAAGGGUAUGUACCUGAGAGAUUUUCAGAAGAAGGAAAGAAGUAUAAUGUUACAACUAAAAUCGUUGACUCGACCAAAGUUGCGUGUAGCGAUAAAACAGCCGUGAAAAUGACGACUUGUGGGUCUUCCUUUGUUGGCGAAGGAAAAACACUUGGAAAGGAAGUCGGUCAAAAUUUCACCGCAAUACCACGACAACUCAAUGCAGACCUUUCUAAGCCGACUGCUAAUAUCAAAGUCAGAUUUGUUGAUGGGAAGUCUAAGGUUCUCAAAGUCAAUUUAGAUUGGUCACUUCAAAAUGUUUACUCAUUGAUCGCACAUGAAAGUGGGCUGACCACUUUCCACCUCAGAGCCCAAAACAGAGUCAUUGAAAUGAGUGCAACACUUGUUAGUGAUGCGAAGAUAGCGGGAACGUCGCUUAUGCAGCACAAGUAA